UACUAGAUCUUGAUUCUAAUUCUAUUCUAGAUUUAGAUCUCGAUCAUUUAUGUGUAUAGAUCUAGAUCUAUAGAAAUCUAUAGUUAUUAGAUUUAUAGGCCAAUAAAAUAGAUCUGUAUAAUAAUUUUUUAACAUUACAGAAUGGAUACAGAUGCCCCUUUGACUAGUGUGCCUGAAGACCUGAAACGCUUGGUUCGUCUGAUUGUCAGGGGGUUCUACUCCAUGGAACAUGCUGUUGUCAUUGAUAUGUUGGUCAGGCAUCCAUGUGUGAAAGAGGACGACUUAGCCGAGUUGCUGAAAUUUGAACGCAAACACCUCAGGUCAGUGCUAAACAUGUUAAAAACUGACAAGUUUUUGAAAAGUAGAAUGCGAGUUGAAACAGACGAAGAAGGGCACACAACUAGACAUACAUUUUAUUUCAUUAAUUACAGUGUGUUUGUGAAUGUGGUCAAGUACAAGCUGGACCACAUGCGGAGAAAGAUUGAGACAGAUGAAAGAGACAACACAAGCAGGUCCUCGUUCAAAUGUCCAAACUGUCAGAAAACGUACACAGACUACGAGGUUGGGGAGUUGCUGGAUCCCUCCACUGGUGAACUUGUCUGCACUUUCUGUCAAGUUACGGUUGAGGAGGAUGAGAGCUCUGUGCCCAAACAAGACGCCAGAACAUUACUAGCACGGUUCAAUGAACAGAUCAAGCCCAUCUACGAGCUGCUCAAGCGUUGUGAGGAUGUCAGGUUGGCGCCAGAGGUACUGGAACCAGAACCAACAGAUCUCAAGAAAGUCAUGAAUAGGGGCAACGCACCUGUGUCACACAGGCAACAGGACGGAGACAGGACCGUAUGGAGCGGUGACGCUACCCGUAAUGUUGACUUUGGCUACACGGAGAACCGCGUCACCAUUACCAUGGAUGACGAAAAUGCUGGGAAAGUGGAAAAGAAAGAUCAGCCGGUUUGGAUGACCAAGAGUACUAUAGAUGGAACUUCAGCCAUUGAUACAAGUGUUUUAGAGACCAAACACGUUGAAACUGACAAACGCGGCAAAAAUGUGGGGGCUGAUGACAUAUUACAAACUCUACUGGUCCACGAACCAAAGGCCGGGCCGUCACGGUUCCCCGCACCUGAGUCUAGCGGGGAGUCAGACAUGGAAGAUGUCAAGAAUGGUGAUGAAAUUGAGGAGAUGGACAGUGAUGAAGAUGAAGAUGCUGGCCCCUUGGUUACCAUUGGUUUAGAUCGGGUCCCCUACAACAACGUCACCUCUGAGAUGGUCGCAGCCAUGACCCCGCUAGAGAAGGAAGAAUACAUUAGAAUAGGGCAGCAGUUGUAUGAAAAUAUGUAUGAUUGAUGCUGAGUGGAGAUAUAGACUACUGAUCCUAUUCAUCAAUAGCUGAUGAAGAUUGUUACCUCAGUUGUGCUCAUGAUAAAUUACAGGAACGGCAAGGAUUUGAAUAAUGUUGCGCCAUGGAGUCUUCUUGCCUGUUGUAUUUAGAAUUUUUUUUCUGGCUAAGUUGUUUAAUGCCAUUGAAGUGAUCUGCCAGGAUAAUUACUAGUACUUCUACCAUGAAGGGACAAAUGCCUAGUUUGAUGCAGUGAUGUAUGCAUGUUGGCCUGCAUACCUGCCUAGCUUCAUUAAUCAUUGACCUUCCAUUGUUACAGAUUUGCCUAGCUCUGUAAUUCAUUGACCUUUCAAACAAAAAUGAUGCACAAAAACAAUACCACACAAGACUUCAAACAUCCACGACCAUAUCUGGAUGUAAGCUGAAAGAAAUCUGUGUGUCAGUGGUGUAAUUUUCACAAAAUUAAACAAAACUUAUUCCUUCAAGAAUUUGUUUAAUGAAUGAUGAUGUUUAUGAUGGCUAUGGUUGAUUAUAACAUCACAGUAUUACAUUCAUCAGCUUCCAGGAACUCUCACUGAUGCUUGGAGUGAGAUUUGUUUUCUUGA